GCAGCGGCCAUGUGAGUCAGGAAAACAGCUCAGCAGCUCCCUAGACUAUGUAAACACACGACACUCCCCGAAAGGAAAACUAAUAUCGCAAAGAAAAACACAUUGUCCUGCACUCAAGGAAUUCCAUGCAUAGUAAUGCUUUUGUAUGUUUGUUUACAAAAAAAAAAAUCGUAGCCAGCUGCCGCUGAUGUCAUGAGCAACUUCGCCUCACUUUUGGUCCGCCCGCCUGCCUGCUGUGUAUUUACAAGUCUUGUGGGGUGUUGCUGCAGACAAGCCCGGCAGCCCACAGCCCCUGCAACACUUCCUGGAGAAUUUGCAGCAGCAUGUUUUCAGCUGCCAUCAAAGGAAAUUCCACCUCAUCAUGCCGUCGAACUACCUCCGAGGGCAAGAUGCCGGUUUAUAACCAGCCUGCCGCUGCACGAGCGUCACAGGUGAUUGAAACAGCGCCGGACGGAGGAAACCCGAGCAGCCAUGCGGAGAGGAACGUAAAGAGAUUGUCCCCCGGCCCCCCGGACUACAUGGACUCCAACCAAUGCAUCGAUGAGCUCCUCAAACAACUUGAGGAGGAGCACCGCCAUAUUCGAAGGGAAAAACUGGCCGUGGCUCGCCUGCAGAGGGAAGUCGCGCGGAGCAAGAGUGAGGGAACAAUGCGAGAAAAGCUGAUCCAUGAGCUAGAGGAAGAGCGACGUCUGCGUCUGGAGAGCGAGAAGCGUCUGCGUGAAGUGACGGAAGAAUCCGAGCUGGGCCGGGCACAGUUCGUCUCCUUGCAGCAGCAAUUCGCCAGGAUGGAGGAGAAGGUGCGGUCGCUUCUGCAGAAUCAAGGACUGAUGGAGCAGACCACGACAGAUGACAUUAUGAAGGCCUACAAAGAGAAAUUCUCCGAGGAAGUGCGAAAGCAGCAUGAUCGCCCAGAGGAGAACGGCCUCCCGCCGGCGACUCAGAUGGAUCCUGGGAUGCGGCCGCACGCCGACACCAGCCAAACAGACGAUAACGAUGACAGGACCAAGCUCCUGUUAGAACGCCUAAAAACCCUGGAGGAGAGGAACUCCGUCUUGACGUUGGAGAACGAGAGCCAGAGGGAGCAGUACGAACGCUGCCUGGAUGAGGUCGCCAAUCAAGUCGUGCAGGCACUUGUCACUCAGAAGGACCUGAGAGAAGAAUGUCUCAAGCUGCGUACUCGGGUUUUUGAUCUGGAACAGCAGAAUCGGGCCCUGGGGAUUCUCUUCCAGCAGCGUAUCAAGCCCACCUCGGAGCUGCUCCUGCAGAAACUUCAGUCACGGAUCAUGGAUCUGUCUGCGGCUGACUUGCUCCAGGAACCCGAAAGAAGCAAAGCUUUCUUACUGUCCAGGAACACAAAUUCUCCUACAACUGUAAGCCUAAUGGAGUUGAACGGAAAGCCAGGUUUGCCCAUCACCGCCAAUUGUCUGAGCCAGCUGAGUCUGACAGCGUACCCACGCAGCAGCCGUAGCAGCAGCGAACUGUCGCUGUCGAGCGCAUGCAGCGAACUCUCCAGCGGCUCCUACACCUGGAACGACGGGCCAUCAUCCUGUGGAAAAGUGCACUCAUCUCUCACCUGGGAAAAGAGGCUAAAUUUGGGUUCGUCCGCCCCAAGUAACAUCAACGUCCCACUGGAGGAACAGAUGCCCACCAGGCGUAAGGAAACCAAUAUCCUGGAGGGGCUGAGGAAAUUGCAAAGGAGGAGGCAUAGGUCCUCAUCCUCAACCAGGGUCUCCAAGUCCGGCUACAAAGACUGCAUGAACUCCAACGAGGGUAUUUACUCGCUUGGUAUCAAGAGUGGCAGUAAAGGUGUGUCGAAGCCAACCCACGUUGGAAGAACAUCGCUUCUUGUGGGGAAAAGGUUUUUGUACGAUUCGGACGACGCAGAUGAUGAGCUUGUGCAAUCCAGCCAGGCGAUUGACGUCCCCAACAGGGACAGCUGGUUCUACUGCAAGAAGCUCCCCCACAGCAUCUCCGACACGUUAUGCAGCUGGGACGGGAUGCAAGAUGGAGGAAAUGUGGCUGACAAGAGCUUCGUCGUGACUAAGCCCCCCUCGGAAUUUCCGUCAAACGAACGUCCCGAGAAACUCUCGAGCAGUUGUCUCACCGAGAUUGGACGGCCGUCAGCGUUCACUCGAGUGUCGGUGCUGCACGUUCCCCCUUCGGAUCCAGAAAGUUCCAAUUGCUUCUCAGAUGUGGACGAUCUAGAAGAACUCAAAUGUGACUCACAGGUGCCCUCAAGCCAACCAAAAGAGCAAGCGGAGAGGAAGUCCCGGAGCGCUUUCAAACCACUCAGGCCGCAGCGCUUGCAAAGGGACCGAGUCGGAACGCAGUCUGCAGAUAGUAGACCAGAACCCAUCACGGCAACUAAGAAUUAUCUGUCGGACGAAAGCAUCUUGGCAGUAUUUGACGCUCAAGGGGAGCCAAUUGAACUAAGUCCUCAGAAGCUUAAUGGACCUACAAUUGCCCCUUUAGUUAGUAAAGAAGACAACAAAUUAGACCUUCAAGAAAAACCAACCAGUCAGAAGUCUACACGUACGGACAACUACGCUGUCCUCGAUUGUCCGGAGAAACCUUCGGAAUAUCAGCUCAGGACCGGCAAAACAAACCGGGUUGGCAACGCAGACCGGCUCUCCGUGCAGUUCGCCUCACAGCGGAAGUUAAUCAAGCCGCCCGGCAGCCGAGCGUACAAAGGACAUUCCAUCCCACCUCUGAACGAUUCUGCAGCUCCGAUGGCAGUGGUCUCAAAACUGCCGGCUUGUAAUAAACCUUCCGCAUCCCCAAUCAGAUUGUCAAAAGGCACGACCACUGAGCCAAACGGUGGAAACUCAGGAACUCCAAGUCAGGAGAAAACACCCCCACCUCCAAUCACGAAGAUAUCCCGUUUCAUCAAGAGCUCCCAGAGCCCAAAGGUGGCCAACUCCAAACUUCCCAAUCGGUCCGAAUGGAGUAAAACCUCGUCCCCCGGUUCCCCUCGACUCUCAAGGAAACAACUGGAGUUUGCCGACAAUUGCGAACAACCAACCAGAGACAAACACUGUGAAAGCGUGAAAAAUAAACUCAGGUCGCCUUCGCCACCCCCUCCGCCGGGUCGUACCACCUCCUUACUGAUCAAACCAAAUUAUGAGGGGUCGCCUCAAGCACAUAAAACGGGGCUAGCUCAGGCAUCCGCUGCGAGGGGCCCGCCCCCGAGUUACUACACGUCUCUCCAACCAAAUAUGCAAGCAACACUACCCAUUAAAGAUAAAGACAUGGACACGGACGCCGGCUACGGGACUGCACUCUCACCUCAGAAACUGGUCGACAAAACCAGUCAGCACCUUCAAAAGUCCUCUGGCAUAACACCGAACACGGGCACUUCUAAGAUGGCCGCCGCAAAAGACUACCUCCCACCCACAAACUCAGGCUUUGACCCCGAGAUGGAAAAUGCACCUAAAAGCUCAAAGAAUGUCCCCCCGCCUUAUAGUGCCAUCAGAGGGUCCUCAUUUGAAAAUAAGAGAGGCUCCGCCCAUGAAUAUGAGAACCAGAAGCCCUCGGUUAGUGUAACAGUUUCACUUCCGGAAGCCCCGACGGUAAAGACGGAACCGCUAAAUGUCAGCCCGUCAAGCUCGGUCGUGACUUCCCCGAACUCGUCGCAAAAGAGUCAAAAGACUCCCGUUUCCGUCGGGUUCAAAGCAUUUUUAAAAUCGUCUCCGGGCCAUAAAAAUAGUCCCUCUUUGCCAGAUAAGCAAGAAAAAGAUCAUAUCAACUUAGUUUCCAAGGAGACUGUGACUUCAAACGCCUCGAGCCAAUGUGACAGCUCGCGGCCGGUGUGCGGUAUCGAUCCCCCAUCGAAGAUGUCUGUGACAGAGGUGGAAGGUGAAGUUCACGGGAGGUUACCGGAAGAGGAGCUCAAUCCCGUCGUGACACCAGACGAGGGGGACGUCUGCAAUAAAGGCAAAAGGAGCAGUCUACUUUUCUCCAGAUCCGUAUCCAUUACGACCAAACCCCAUCUGAAACCAGCCUUGGGAAUGAACGGGGCCAAAGCCCGAAGCCAGAGCUUCAGUACCAACUACAGCGAGAAAUCCAACAUCAACGUUCUGGAGGGACCAGGAAAAAUCAGAACUCAGAUCAUCACCAACUCAACAGAAAGGGGGAUUUCUUUGUCCAGACAGAGUUCCUCGGAGGUUCCCGGCUCGGCGGAGAGUCCAGUCUACUCUCCCCGGACGAGACCCAACAAUCAAAACGUCCCACCAGAGAGAACCUCAAAGUUCAUUUCCAAAGGUGAUGAAUCUCAAAGCUCGGCAAAGGGACAGACGGUCACGUCGCCCUCCCACAAGGAGACGCGUGGGUUGCCCGUCUGUGAGAAAAAUCGAAUAAAUAACAUCUGCAGGCCCGGAAAAGUCUCCUCACACUUUCAGCCUCCAGCCUCUUGUCCUUAUAGUUCAGAAAAUGUGGCGCGAGAAACGGGAGGCAUGGCAACCACCCCUAAUGAGGAAGAACUGAGCUCGGGAGGAAAAACCCUGACAGACUCGCCAAACCAUGCCGCAGAUAUAGACGAGAAAAAAAUCAGCCCGUCAGCCUGCACUAUUGAAGAGAAGGUCAUGAUGGGAAUUGAAGAAAAUCUACAAAAAUGUCAAGAACAAGAGAAGGUCGCCGCGAGUGAGGCCAAACAAAAAAGCGCUCCUUCGCUAGCAAACUGGUUCGGUUUCCGGAAAAGCAAACUUCCGGCUGUGGCCGCUAAGAAAACCGACGUGCCCAAAGGGAAAGAAGAGAAGAAAGAGACCAAGAUUGGAUCGGUCCUGGGAGGCAAACAGAUAAAGUUGGACAAGAAAAAGGAGAGGAAGAAAAACGACAGUCUGGAGGCGCAGAAUCAAUCGGAGAUGAGCAACAAGCUGAGCUCCAUCAUGGACCACUGCAACAAUCAAAUGGGUCAGAUUGCCAGUCAGCUCCAGUGCAGCGCCGUCUUCAUCGGCAAGGACCAGUUUGUCAAGGAGCUUCUUGGCAGGACGGCUGGAAAAGGCAACUUAGUCACCGCAUCGCCGACGGGGAUCUCCACACCCAAGAAAAAUUCAGAGAUGAAGGGAGGAGACAUGAUCUGCCCCGAUGCGGCUACUCUCCUAAUGAGUCAGAAGCUCAACUUGAGGGCUGACGGCAAAGAAGGGCGCAAGGUGGAUCCAGCCGGUCAAGACCACAUGAUGGGUUCCGGCUGUCAGAUGAGAACCUUGGACAGUGGGAUCGGCACCUUCCCCCUCCCUGACUCGGGACGCCAUAUCCCUAAAUGCGAGCUCCGAGCCGAGCCUCCCUCCUCUCCUCCAGAAUGUUCACAACCCGGUGUCAAAGUGCCUUCCCGACCCAACACCUGUCUGCAUGCUCCUGGAAACUUGGGUCAUUCCUUCUCUGACCCAUCCCUCACUUACAGUGGUUUCACCCCAGACGUCCAGACCCGAUUGCCCAAAUUGUCUGGUGCAAACAAGACCAAGAGGUUGAGCCUGUUCACCCCGAAGUGCAGCAGUUUAGCCGCAACUGAGGACAAAGACGAUGAAACCGGGAGGAAGAUCAAAGCGAAGGAGCCUGACGUUUCUGCCGAGCGAGCCCUGCGAUCGUGUACGUACUCCGGCACCAGUAGCGGCAGCGACACUGAGACCGAACUAAAGCGCCCCGUAAUCACUGUGAGCCCGCUGCAAAGCUCGGGGAGCAACUACAACAAAAUGGUCGACUCGGUCGACCAUUGUGAAAAGACGUUGAAGAGUGGCAGUGUGGAGAAUCCUCUGUCAAUCAUGGACUUGUACCAACACGAGAUGUUCCCUCAACUGGAGAAGGACAGCAGGAGGAUCAGCCAAUACGACCUGUUGCGUAAAGAAGCCGCCCUCGACGUGCUCGGCGGGGUAUUUGCCUACCCUUAUUUAACGACGCUCAAUGACAAAUGAGGACCAGAGAGCGUGAAAUGGCCUCCAGCUGCCGCCGCAGGACGGCCGGGCUACCCUCGACUACCCCGAUGACGGGCCUGACACAAGAAUCUAUAAUCUGAGUCGGGGGGGGGGGGAUCUGACUCAACACUUGUGUACAUUUGAGUUUACCCACUAAGUUUUAUUAUUGACCUUUGAUGAACUCAAGCGAGAUGACUUCAAAUUAAAUCAAACUUUAUUGUUUAUUCCAUACAGUAAGGGAUGCCGGGGCCCUUUUUCAAGCAAUCUGCAAAAAUGUCAAAUUCACCAAACGCAGACAAUGCAGCCGAGGGAACCGUCUCCUGCAAAAAUAAUCGGGAGGACGGGUCACAAAGCAUUAAGAGUCAAAACGAGUUCUUGGGAAUCCGUGCGGGAAUCCAUGCGACAGAUCAUCGGCUUUUAUUUACGUUGCGGCUUACGAGGCGUCGCCGGCGGCCACACUUUGGGAAAGUUUGGCGGCUGGUGUCAAAAGAUCCGCGAUUUGAGCCUCUUUAAUAGCUUGCGGCAAAAGACUCGGGAGAGCCACGCAAAGCUCGCCGGCUCCCGUCGGAACCCUCGCGGCCCACGUUGGCCUCCCAUUCAUCAUCCUGACAGCACCUGACGCUCUCGCUAACAGCGUCGUCUUUCCCUUUCACUAACAUGUCUCCCGCUGUCGUUCUCUCGCUCGUAACGUCUCUCCUCAGUUCGUUUGGCAUUUUUUGUUUUCAGCUCAUCAUCCGUCCUCCCGUCGGACUCUCGCCGUUCUCACCUACGCUUCUUCCUAUUGUUUGCGCCGGGGAGUAGAAAAUGCCCGAGGAACAAUAGAGUUGAAAAGAUUUCUGGUUGUUUUGGACCAAAGGAAUAGACGAGAUACAUGCGAGCACGGUGAAGCUUAUCGCCUUGAGAAAUUUGAGAAAGAACAUUACAACAUGGAAUGUGAAGUAUUAAACGAUUUCCCGUGGGAUUUAAGACCAACAGAUUUAAGAGCGCAAUACGGUAUUCACGUUAUAUGCGCAUCUUAUUUAACGCUACUAUAAAUUUUAGUGACCUCAUGUAUUAUGCACAAUCUUUGAACACGGGGAAAUACUUUUCCGAAGGCCAAUUCCUCACUCUGGGCAAAAUCCGAAUCAGGCGUCAGUGUUGCUGUGGGAUGUUCAUGCUUCAGGUUGUUGUUCAAAGCUUUAAGGCAGUUUAAAAAGUCCCAUAUUUAGAACUGCUCUGGAACAUCUCAUCCACUUGUGCGCUUCAGUCCUUUCAUAAUUUGUUGUUGUGACCCCAGGCGCCAUUAACUGGUCUCUCAAAGUAAACCAUGAUUGUUCCGCUGUGCUUUCCGAAGCACCUGCUAGGAUGUCAACAGCCGCUUUGUGUCGACGGCAUGUGACAUGAGCAGAUUUGACUAUUUUAUUAUUAUUUUUAUAUGAUUAUAUACCGUAAUUUUCGGACUAUAAAUCGCACCGGAGUAUAAGUCGCACCAGCCAUAAAAUGGCCAAAAAAGUAAAAAAAAACAUAUAUGUGUAUAAGUCGCUCCUGAGUAUAAGUCGCCCCCCCACCCAAACUGAAAAAAAUCGCGACUUAUAGUCCGAAAAUUACGGUACUAUUUUUAUACAUUAUUAUUUUUAGUAUCUUUUAUAUUUAUCAUUUAUUUAUUUAAUAUAUAUUGGUUUUUUAUUUUAUAUUUAUUAUUGCUUUAUCGUAUCUUAUUAUUAUUAUUAUUACCGUAUUUUCCGCACAAUAAGGCGCACUGGAUUAUAAGGCGCACCUUCAAUGAAUGGCCCAUUUUAAAACUUUGACCAUAUAUAAGAUAUAUACAUUUGGCCCGCAGGCCGGACUUUGGACACGCCUGCUGUAGUUGCUCAAUAUUGGUCCAUAUAUAAGGCGCACCUGAAUAGUCGGCUUUUGAGAAAAUUGGAGGUUUUUAGGUGCGCCUUAUGAUGCGGAACAUACGGUAUUGAUUUAUUCUAUCUAUUUAUU